AUGCCCACUUCAAAGAGUGUGCUCGUCAUUGGAGCCGGCACCUUUGGAUUGUCUACGGCGUAUCACUUGGCCAAGUCCGGGUACUCCCACAUCACAGUCCUCGACAAGAGCGAGUUCUUGCCCUCCAACAUCUCAGCCGGCCAUGACGUGAAUAAAAUCAUCCGCGCCGAGGAUGAGAGCCCCUGGUAUGCCGAUUUGUCUCUCGAGGCUAUGAAGGUCUGGACAGAAGACCCCCUUUUCUCUCCUUACUACCAUCAGGUCGGCUACCUUCUCGCCAAUUCACCCGCAGCCCCCGAGAAGGCCAAAAAGACGCUCGCCAAAUCUCUGAGCAACGUUUCCAAUCGGCCUGCAUGGCAGGGUAAAAUUAAACCAUUGAACACCCGUGCGGAUAUUCGUGCAGUGGCUCCAGCUUUUGAUGGGCCCAUGGAAUGGAAAGGCUACUUCAACAGCUUGGCCGGGUGGGCACAUGCCACGGACUCCAUGCACGCUGUAUAUUCAGCAUGCUGCCUACUUGGUGUCGACUUCAAACUAGGUGUCACUGUCGAGAAGCUGGCAUGGAAAGGUGAGAAGUGCAUCGGGGCAUAUUCCGCUUCCGGUGAGCUAUACUCAGCUGAUGUCACCGUCGUGUCCCUCGGAGCCUCAGUGGCAGCCGUUGUUCCAGAGCUCGCGCCGCAGAUUACCGCAAAGGCCUUUGCCGUUGCUCACAUCCAGUUGACGCCUGCCGAGGCCUUGAGGCUUCGGGGUAUCCCUGUCACCUACGCCAGAGACCUCGGUUUCUUCUUUGAACCAGACCCGAGGACCGGUCUCCUCAAGCUAUGCCCGUCUGGCGCAGGGAUCACCAAUUACAGAAACACCAAGGUGUCUUUGCCUCCUGUUGACAGUAACUACAUUCCAGCCCAUGAUGAGGAAGCCAUGCGAAAACUUCUUCGAGAGACUCUCCCAUGGCUCGCGGACCGGCCUCUCAUCAACAAACACAUGUGCUGGAUCGCGGAUACACGAGAUUCAGCCUACGUGUUCGAUUAUUUGCCAGGCAAGACUGGAGUCGUAGUAGCGACUGGCGAUUCAGGAACCGCAUUCAAGAUGCUUCCAAUCGCUGGAAAGUGGGUGAAGAAGGUGAUUGAAGAUGGGAAGCAGAGCGAAUUGAGAUGGCAGUGGAAGAAUGUGUCUGGGAGCAAUGACGAUGUCAGCUGGCGGGUUGGUAAACCAUAUGACUUGAGCGAAGAACCACGAAUCGUAUCAAAGCUUUAA